AUGUCUGAUACAGCUAUCAAGCAGCCCACAAAAGGCAUCUUGAAGCAGGUCCACACGCAGCCAGCGAGCAAUGCGGCUGCUUCAUGGUUCACUACGCAGCAGCCUCGUAUUCAUAGCUUGUUUGGUAGCUUUCGAAAGAAUCAGCAACAAGAACAGCAGCAACAAUAUCAAGAGCAAACACACUCAAACGAGAUGAACACUGUCGAUGCAGAGUUGGAGCCGAGACAUAUUCGAAGAGUGCGAUUCCCAGUAUCCCACAUGACGAGCGAGUACGUCUUUACAAAGGAGGACUUGAUCACCGAACGCAAGAAGCAGCUGCCUGUGGAGCCCAUGAAUAUCCAGACAUCCAGUCAACUGCUAUCACUGUACGAAUAUGUGUGCAGAAACAAGCAGGAGCCCACUAUCGAUUUGUUGGUCUCCACCUUGAUCACCCAACCGCAAGCUACUUUUUUGACUCGCCUUGACCUUACGAAUCAACCCAUCGAUAGAUUCAAUAUUGCUCCAUUGGCUGAUAUCAUGUGCAUCGACUUUGGCUUGAGGGAACUUGUCUUUAAUCACUGUGGCCUUGAGGAUGAUGCUGUCAAGACUCUGAUGAGCAGUUUGUUGGAGAACGACAAGAUACAGCACCUCAGUCUGGCAAAUAAUCCCAAAUUAACGAGCCUGGCAUUCAAGUAUAUUGCCAUUUAUAUUAAAGGGGCCUCACAAUUGGCAAGUCUGGAUCUCUCUUUUACACAGCCUGAUAAGAAGAGCAUCCACUACCUGACUGCAGCAACAUUGAAGCGCGACGCUUCCUCACCUAUACCCUCAUUGUCGAGCCUGCUGUUGAAUGGAUGCAGCCUGCGUGCACCUCAAUUGGAAGCAUUGGCAACAUGUAUACGAAAAUCCAACACUUCAUUACACCAUCUCUCUAUUAGAGGUAAUCGUAUUGGAGUACAGGGCGCACUAGCAAUUGGAGUCAUGCUGCGUGAUUACGAUAAUAAGGAUACGGCUUUCAAGGGCAUCGAACGCUUGUUUCUGGAUAACAAUGAUCUGAGCCAGGGCGGCAUUCAAUACAUCGCUCAGGCAUUACGUAGAAACCAGAGUCUUCGCUACCUGUCCAUGUGCGAAUGUAAGAUUGACGCCAAGGAUUGUAUACUGCUUGGUGAGGCAUUGAAGUACAACCAGUAUUUGGAGAGAUUUGAUAUUGGCUAUAAUCCGCUGAUGACACCAAACAUGGAUGGUAUCACCUCCAUCCGACAAGCAUUGAACGUGAAUCGUUCAUUGAAGGAUCUCUGCCUGGCAGAUACUGGUCUGAGCACAGAAGCUGCUAUCGCUCUCGCUGAAUGCCUCCCCGAGAACAACUCGCUUGUACGCUUGGAUUUAUCCAGAAAUCCGAAUGUACAAAUUGCUGGUCUUUUAGCGCUAUCGGUUUCCAUCAAGUUGAAUCACACCAUCACAUUCAUAGACAUCAAUAUUCCCAAAGAGGAUAAGGAUAUGGUAGAGAUCCAUAAUGGGAUACUCGCCGCAUGUACAAAGAACGCCCAGUCAAAGAAAAACAGGGCGGAGGUCGCACAAGAAGAAAAAUCAGAUAACCCCAUGGUGACCACCGCACAAGCUACUGCUCGCUUGACACUUCAGGAACGUUUAGCCGCUGUAACCAAAGGAAAAUCGAAACACAAUGUAUCUGCUUCAUCUUCAGAGGUCAAUUUGAAUCAACCACCAACUCUUCCUAAACGUAGAACCGAAAACAAGGACUCACUUUUGAUCCAACAAGCUUUUGACGAUGUCGCUGCAUUGGAAGAUUUAAUGAGCGGUAGAUUGGAAGAAAAAGACAAAUCAGAUACAUUGGCUGUUGCAGAUAGAUGCAGAGAAGAGCAUGCCAAUAUUUGCCUGAGGAUACCCGAAGUGGCUGACCCAUCGCAUUUGGAACUUUUAUUGGCCAUUAAUGACAGACUGACCGUUGCCAUACAAUCAUUUGAGGAGAGACAAGCUAAGGAAGCUCAAGCCAUGCAGGCCGCUUUGGAGGAACAACAAUUGCAGCAACAGCUACAGAUGGAGCAGCUUGAGAAAGAGCAAAAAGCACAAAAAGAAGCAGAGGAGAGAUUGUCCAGCUCAUUUGAAAUUGGCGAUGACGAUGAUGACGACGAUGAAGAGAGCCUGAUUGAUGAGGAUGACAAUGAAGUUACCGCCAGUGAGACACCAUUACAAGUGUUGCGAAGUGAGAUUGAAGCAGAAGAAAGUGCUGCGUUUUUGAAUGCGAAAAAAGAUGAAGGAUCAGAGUCAGAGGAAUCUUUGGAUUCAGCGGAGAACAAGAAAGAGGAUAACGAAGGGGAUAUAUCACAAACAGAGGCGAAAUCAAGUGAAAGCGUGGCCGAUAAGGCCGUCGGGACUAAGUAG